UUUGUGGUUGUCGAGUGACAAUUCCAACGUCAGCAUUGUAAUUCUUUCUCAUUUUAAAUAGAUAAUAAAAGAAGUAUUUGUUUCUAGGAUUUUUAUUCUGGGGGAUGAAUUAUCAAUAUGAUAAGUCUCAGGGAUAAACAAAUACAUGCCUUGAGGCAAAUGCUGAAUCUAAACCAGCAGGAAACGAAAUCUAAUACGACGGUCCCUACCUGGAAGAUUUUGAUUUAUGACCGAAUGGGACAGGACAUUAUUUCUCCUUUGAUUUCCAUUAAGGAGUUGAGAGAACUGGGAGUCACUUUACACAUGCAACUACAUUCAGACAGAGAUCCGAUCCCGGAAGUUCCAGCAAUUUAUUUCUGUGCCCCAACUGACGAGAACCUUGGUAGAAUCGGCCAAGACCUCCAGACUGGCCAUUAUGACAUUUACCAUGUCAACUUUAUAUCCCCAAUAUCGAGAGGAAGAAUGGAGGACUUAGCUUCUGCAGCAUUGAUGGCCGGAGCCGUGGCUAACAUCCACAAAGUGUUCGAUCAAUACCUGAAUUUUAUUACUCUAGAAGACGAUCUGUUUGUUUUGAGGCACCAAAACAGCGAUAUGAUCUCAUAUCAUGCGAUAAACCGAGGGGAAAUCAGGGACACUGAAAUGGAGUCCAUAAUGGACACCAUCGUCGAAAGUUUGUUCUCUGUUUUCGUGACAUUAGGAACAGUUCCAAUCAUUCGGUGUCCCAGAGGCAAUGCUGCGGAGAUGGUGGCUAAAAAAUUGGAUAAAAAGUUGAGAGAAAAUGUGUGGGACACCCGGAACAAUUUGUUCCAGGGCGAGGCGACGGGACAUUUAACAUUCCAACGGCCUCUGCUGAUUAUUCUGGAUAGAAGUAUUGACAUGGCAACACCUUUGCAUCACACCUGGACAUAUCAAGCGCUUGCUCAUGAUGUCCUCGAGUUGGCGCUAAAUAGAUUAGUUGUGGAGGAGACUGUGGGGAAGUCACCUGCUGGAGGCGCUAGAGCUAAGACUAGGGCAUGUGAGCUCAAUAACAAAGAUCGGUUUUGGCUGCAGCACAAGGGCAGCCCUUUUCCUAGGGUUGCCGAGGCUAUUCAGGAGGAAUUGGAGCAAUACAGAGCUUGUGAGCAUGAAGUCAAGAAACUCAAAUCUUCGAUGGGAACUGAUGAAGAAGUUUCACCUUAUCCCAUGCUACAAAACAACACAGCUCUUCUCACAAAUGCAGUCAACUCCUUGCCUCAAUUACUAGAAAUGAAACGAUUAAUUGAUAUGCACACCACGAUUGCGACUGGAAUUUUAAAUGCCAUCAAAUCAAGGAGGCUUGAUACUUUUUUUGAAAUUGAGGAGAAAAUAAUGUCCAGGCAGACGUUAGAUAGAAGCCUUUUGGACAUUAUCAAUGAUGCUGACUGUGGAACGCCUGAUGACAAAAUUCGAUUGUUCAUUAUUUAUUACUUAUGCAGUAACAUGCCGGAUGCUGACUAUAAUAAAUACGAGACUGCCUUAUCGAACGCUGGAUGUGAUCUGAAUCCUCUGGUGCAUAUUAAAAGAUGGAGGAAUUAUACGAGGAUGUCAGGAAUUCAAAGUCAUUACGAAGGUGGUGGAACAAGAACUGUCAGUAUGUUUUCAAAAUUAAUGAACCAAGGUUCUUCAUUCGUUAUGGAGGGAGUGAAAAAUCUUGUAGUGAAACGACACAAUCUACCAGUUACAAAAAUCGUUGACGAGUUAGUUGAGUCAAGACAAAGUUCACAUACCGAAGAUUAUUACUACCUUGAUCCAAAGCAGCUGAAGCAAGUGGAGCAAAUGCCCAAAAAUCGGACGACAUUCCAGGACGUAAUAGUAUUUGUCAUUGGUGGUGGAAAUUACAUUGAGUACCAAAAUCUUGUCGAUUAUGUCAGGCAAAAAACUGGAGGUGGUACCAAUAAACGGGUUAUUUACGGUUCAACGACCCUGGUGAAUGCCAGACAAUUCCUCAAGCAGCUCUCGUACCUCGGUCAGGAAGCACAUUGAUCAGGGUCUUUCAGAAAACAUUAAGGAAAUGUUCUGGUAGUCGACGAAGAGGCAAAAUGGACACUUUAACAUUCAUUUUACUAAUAAUCCUUAUUCAAACGCUGAUGAAAUGAAAUAAUUUUUGUUUUCUUUGGAGAGUACACUUCUUUCUCUUUGUCAUGAACCCAAACUUCUUAACUAAUCAAUUUAUCCCUUAAUUAUGAGUAUUAAAAAAAUACUAGUGUCCAUUUAACCUUCCUUUCUCUAUAUUAGUAGGGAAGUUAUACGAUAUCAACUCAACCAUAAAUCCACUGAGUUGACGAUGACUACUGCUGAAUCUAAGGAAGAGAAUGAAUUGUUAGUAAAAUCGUUACUGUAAAGUAAAAUGAAAUCUGCAGUCUUCACUUGAUACAAUACGUGAAUCCAGUUUCGAAAUUUUCCGCAUUUUUUUUUUCUAUUCUCUGAAUUAUUUAUGUUUUACAAUGCUAUUUUUCUAUUAGAUGGGGAAAUGAGAAAUAAUUGCCCACUUCAAUGAUUUGAAAAUAACUGAAAGCUAUAUUAAAAACAUGAUUGUCGAUCGUAAAUUUCCUGAAAUUUCCGAACAUGAUUUUGAUUUUUCUGCUACAUGUCAUUUUUAUAUGUGACAUUUAAAAAUCGAAAAUAAAAUGUUAAUUUUACUCUGUU